AUGUUGGAGAGUUAGUAUAGCUUAAAUAACAUAUAUUAUUUUUUUGUUACAGCUGUAUGCCCAUGCUAUUUUAGGAUAUGGGUACGAUUCAGGUGGAGAUCAGUCAUCCUGCGGCCGUCCUUAUAGGUCUGGAAAAAUGUUCCAACCGCCGUGCGACCUACUGAAGCAAGGAUACUGUACGUCAGCGGGAAAAACUUAUCCUUGGCAAGCUGUUAGACGUUUCGUUAAAGACAACCAAGGGCUUAUGAGACGUAUGUACGGAGACCAGAGACAUGGGCAUGUGCUAAGGGCUGAGUUUCCAGAUGAGCCAGAGAUCUUGAAUCCGCUUGAAAAUAGUAUUAGAUAUUCUAGAUAUCAUUUUGAAGGUGUCGAAAACGAAGAUAAUGAAGUAGAAAGUGAAGCCAGAUUUCUCCGCGAAGAUCUCUCCAACGACGACGUCCUUAACACCAAGUUCAUUUAUUCCGAAGAACCGAUAAUAUCCAUUAAGUUAGCUGGUUUAAAAACUGCUCCACACUUUCGGCAGGCUACCGAGAGAACUACAAAGAGUACGCCUAUCAAAAAGUCUGAAGAGAUCACAACCACCGAGAACUAUUCAGAAAGUGCUGAUUUUACUACGACAACGGAAUCAAUUCUGGAAUCUACGACUUAUCUGAUGAACGAAACUAGAGAGGACAGCACCAUUACUACCACUACUACAGAAGGGGAUUCUGUCGAUAAGAAAACUGACGAAAAAGAAAAAAUGGCAGAGACUAUGCUUUUUCAGGAUGUUGAUAACGACCAAUCAAAGAAAAAGUUGCAUGUGAACUAUAACAUGAAAGGAGUGAAUGCCUGUCCCGUCCGAGAAGAAGUCGUCGCCCCAUUCUGGGCGAACAACACCCGAGGAGAAGUCCUGGCUCUUCUUAAUAUGUACCCAUUCGAACAAUACGUACACUGGGAAAAGUGCACAUUUGAACAUCGCCAAAUGUACUGCAGAGACGGUUGCAGAUGCGAACAGCAGUACAGGCUUCACAGGCUACUGGCGUACGAUCCCAGCAACGAGUGUAGAGGAAUCUUCUCCGAUUGGUUUAAAUUUCCAUCAUGUUGCGUUUGCAAAUGUUACGAUAUGCCUGUUGAGUUUAGGGUUACUUCUAGGAGUCCUAGAUACCAAACAAAUGCUGAUGAAAAUUAACUUUCAAAAUAAAUAAUCGAUAAAACUAAUAGAUGUGGAUUGUUGUAAAGUACAUAAUUUUAUUUUAGGUUCAAAUUACUAAAUUUUUCGCUUAAAGAGGCUUAAAACAUUGAUUCUAGUCUGGUUGAAGUCAGAAAUUAAUGUAUUAAUCAGAUAAAUAGAGAACUCAUUACCAAUUUUUUCUUGGAAUACUCGUUUGAAACAUUUAAAAUGUUGUAGCCUAGGUUUUUGUUGUUAUAUACUAUAGAAAUCAUAUAGAUUAUGUUCAUUCAGUCAUUUACGUAAAAAUUGUAUGCAAUAAUAAAGUACGAUGUAUUUAAUAGUUGAAGAUCAUUUGGUUUGAUCCAGUGAAUUUGUUAAAACAAGACAAAUACAUACGUUGCAAGUGAGCCUUGUAACUUAGCAAAUAAAUCAUCAAUCCGUGUUAAUGUUAAGGGAAAAUGUAUAAUACAUGUCUGAAUUGUCAAUAUGAAUGAUUC